GGGACCGUGGCCGCGGAGUGGAGAUGUGACCCUGCCUUCGCAAGGACAGGCACUGGGCACCCCCCCCCCCCCGCCCUGCGCUCAGGCUUCCCAGUUUCCCUGCACCCCAUGGGGUCCCUGGUCCCUGGCGCCCCCAUGCCGGCGCUCUGCCUGCUUCUGGCCUGCGUCUGGCUGGCGGGGGGCGAGCUGGAGAGCCAGUCCCUGCCGGUGCAGUCUCUCGGUGCAGCACCCACAGCCCAGGGUGAUGGCCAGCUGCAGCGACCGGAGCCGGCCCAGAAGCCCAGCCACAGACAUCAGGAGGUGACCCUUGCCACGGAGGAUACAACAACAGUGAUGGGAAGCCAGGAGACUGAAGUCCUGGACUCCUUGGCCAUGUCUUCCUGGGAAAGGCGGCUCCAUCGGGCCAAAUGUGCUCCAUCUUACUUGUUCUCCUGUUUCAACGGGGGAGAGUGUGUGUACCCAGCCUUCUGUGACUGUAGACGCUUCAAUGCCACAGGACCACGCUGUCAGAUGGUGUACAAUGCUGGCCCUGAGCGGGACAGCAUCUGCCGGGCAUGGGGACAGCACCAUGUGGAGACUUUUGAUGGUCUCUACUACUACCUCUCCGGGAAGGGCAGCUACACCCUGGUGGGGCGCCAUGAGCCUGAAGGGCAGACCUUCUCCAUCCAGGUGCACAACGACCCCCAGUGUGGCUCCUCCCCCUACGCCUGCUCCAGGUCGGUCAGCCUCUUCUUUGCGGGCGAACAGGAGAUCCGUCUGGCCAAGGAAGUCACCCACGGAGGCGAGAGGGUCCAGCUGCCACAGGCGAUGGGGAGCGUGCGUCUGCAGCGGCUGGCCGGCUACAUCCUUGUGCGGCAUCAGUCAGCCUUCACUCUGGCCUGGGACGGUGCCUCGGCCGUCUACAUCAAGAUGAGCCCGGAGUUCCUGGGCUGGACUCAUGGGCUGUGUGGGAACAACAAUGCUGACCCCCAGGACGAUCUGGUGACCAGCUAUGGGAAGCUGACCGAUGACGUGGCUGAGUUUGUGCACAGCUGGCAGGAGCAGGCCCCCAACCAGCCUCCAAGGCUUACAACUUCCUCCCUGCCUCGCCCACCGUGUCUACAGCAGAGCCCAGGAGCCAUGCAGGGUGUGUACGACCGGUGUGAGGCACUGCUGCGGCCCCCCUUUGAUGCCUGCCAUGCCUACAUCAGCCCUCUGCCCUUCACAGCCAGCUGUACCAGCGAUCUCUGCCAGUCUGUGGGCGACGAAGCCACCUGGUGCCGGGCGCUGGCUGAGUACGCCCGAGCAUGUGCCCAGGCGGGGCGGCCGCUGUGGGACUGGAGGACCCAGCUCUGGCAAUGCGCCGUGCAGUGCAAGGAGAAGGCCUUCACCUACAAUGAGUGCAUUGCCUGCUGCCCCACCUCCUGCCAGUCCCGGGCGUCCUGCGUGGACAGUGAGAUCGCCUGUGUGGACGGCUGCUACUGCCCCGAUGGGCUGAUCCUUGAGGACGGGGACUGCGUGGCACCAGCUGAGUGUCCCUGUGAGUUCCAUGGGACCCUGUACCCGACUGGCUCUGUGGUGAAAGAAGAUUGCAACGCCUGCACAUGCACGGCAGGCAAAUGGGUGUGCAGCUCCGCCGUCUGCCCAGCUGAGUGUUCAGUGACUGGCGACAUCCAUUUCACGACCUUCGACGGCCGCCGGUACACGUUCCCUGCCACGUGUCAGUACAUCCUGGCCAAGAGCCGCUCCUCGGGCACCUUCACAGUGACGCUGCAGAAUGCCCCAUGUGGUCCGAACCAGGAUGGAGUCUGUGUCCAGUCAGUAUCAGUGAUUCUGCAUCAGGAUCCUCGGAGGCAGGUGACCUUGACCCAAGCGGGGGAUGUCCUUCUGUUUGACCAGUACAAGGUCACCCUACCCUACACAGAUGACGCCUUUGAGAUCCGGAGGCUGUCCUCCAUGUUCCUGCGGGUGAGGACCAACGUGGGCGUGCGGCUUCUCUACGACCGCCAAGGACUGCGGCUCUACCUGAAGGUGGACCAGCGAUGGGCGGAGGAUACCGUGGGCCUCUGUGGCACCUUCAACGGCAACACGCAGGACGACUUCCUGUCCCCAGUGGGAGUGCCUGAGAGCACCCCACAACUCUUUGGCAACUCUUGGAAGACGCUGUCUGCCUGCUCCCCACUGAUCUCUGGCUCCCCGCUGGACCCCUGUGAUGUGCACUUGCAAGCAGCCUCCUAUGCCGUGCAGUCCUGCAGUGUGCUCACCGGGGAGCUGUUCGCGCCCUGCUCUGCGUACCUGAGCCCUGUGCCCUACUUCGAGCAGUGUCGCCAGGACGCCUGCCGCUGUGGGCAGCCCUGCCUGUGUGCCACGCUGGCCCACUACGCCCACCUGUGCCGGCGCCAUGGGCUCCCCAUUGACUUCCGGGCCCACCUGCCAGCCUGUGCACUGUCCUGUGGGGCCACCAAAGAGUACAGCCCCUGUGUGGCCCUGUGUGGACAAACCUGCCAGGACCUGGCUGGCCCUGUGGCCUGUGGGGCUGGAGACAACAGCGACCUCAGUGGGGACGAGUGUGUAGAAGGCUGUACCUGCCCACCGGACACCUAUCUGGAUACCCAGGCUGACCUCUGUGUCCCUAGGAACCAGUGCUCCUGCCACUUUCAAGGAAUGGACUAUCCCCCUGGAGACAGCGACAUCCCAUCUCUGGGCCACUGCCACUGCAAAGAUGGAGUCAUGAGCUGUGAUAGCAGAGCGCCAGCCACCCCCUGCCCGGUGGGCCAGAUCUUCGUGAACUGCAGCGACCUGCACACCGACCCCGAGCUGAGCAGAGAGAGGACGUGUGAGCAGCAGCUGCUGAACCUGAGCGUGCCAGCCCUUGGCCCCUGCCUCUCAGGCUGUGCCUGCCCCCCAGGCUUACUCAGACACGGGGACGCAUGUUUCCUGCCAGAGGAUUGCCCAUGCACUUGGAGGGGGAAGGAGUAUUUCCCCGGGGACCAGGUCAUGUCCCCCUGCCAUACCUGUGUGUGCCAGCGGGGCUCGUUCCUGUGUGCACUCCAUCCCUGUGCGUCCACCUGCACAGCCUAUGGAGACCGGCACUACCGCACAUUCGAUGGGCUCCCGUUCGACUUCGUGGGGGCAUGCAAAGUGCACCUGGUCAAGAGCAUGUCAGACCUCAGUUUCUCCGUGAUUGUUGAGAACAUAGACUGCUACAGCUCUGGCUUCAUCUGCAGGAAGUUUAUUUCCAUCAAUGUCGGGAACUCUCUCCUUAUCUUUGAUGACGACUCAGGAAGUCCUAGUCCUGAGAGCUUCCUGGAUGAGAAGCAGGAGGUCCACACGUGGCAAGCGGGGUUUUUCACACUAGUGCAUUUCCCAAGGGAGCACAUCACCCUCUUAUGGGACCAGAGAACCACAGUGCACAUCCAGGCGGGGCCACAGUGGCAGGGCCAGUUGGCGGGACUGUGUGGGAACUUCGACUUAAAAACCAUCAAUGAGAUGAGGACUCCGGAGAAUUUAGAGUUAACAAACCCCCAGGAGUUUGGCAGUAGUUGGGCUGCAGUCGAGUGCCCAGACACCCUUGACCCCUGGGACACAUGUGUCCUGAAUCCUCUCCGAGAACCAUUUGCCAGAAAGGAGUGCAGCAUCCUGCUCAGCGAGGUGUUUGAGAUCUGUCACCCCGUGGUCGACGUCACUUGGUUUUACUCAAACUGCCUGACAGACACCUGUGGGUGCAGCCAGGGUGGUGACUGUGAGUGUCUCUGUGCCAGCGUGUCUGCCUAUGCCCACCAGUGCUGCCAGCACGGGGUAGCUGUGGACUGGCGGACCCCACGCCUCUGCCCGUAUGACUGUGACUUCUUUAACAAAGCACUAGGUAAGGGUCCGUACCAACUGGCCAGCUUGGCCGCUGGCAGUGUCUUAGUGACCAGCAAGGCAGUGGGUGGUGCCGUGGUCCUCGUGAGCGCGGAGGAUGUGGUUCCAGGAGACAUUGUGAACUUCCUGCUGACGGCUGCACUAUACAAGGCCAAGGCACAUGACCCGGAUGUGGUGUCCCUGGAGGCAGCAGACAGACCCAACUUCUUCCUCCAUGUCACAGCCAACGGGUCUCUGGAGCUGGCCAAGUGGCAGGGCAGCACUGCCUUCCGCCGCCAUGCCUCCUUCUCACUGCACUGGGGGACAUGGCAGGCUGGCCUCGUGGCCCUGGAGUCACUGGCAGAGCCUGGCUCCUUCCUUUAUGGGUCGGGCCCCACGCUGGUCCUGCGGCUGUACGAGCACACAGAGGUGUUCCGCCGCAGCACGUUCUUCCGCCUUCUGGAUGCCAAGCCCUCGGGGGCUGCCUACCCUGUCUGUGAGUGGCGCUAUGAUGCUUGCACCAGCCCCUGCUUCCAAACCUGCCGGGACCCACGGGCUGCUGGCUGCCAGGACAUGCCGAGGGUGGAAGGCUGUGUGCCUGCCUGUUCCACUCCCAAGGUCCUGGAUGAAGUCACACAGAGAUGUGUCUACUUGGAGGACUGUGUGGAGCCCAUGGUUUUGGCCCCCACAGAGUCUCUUGGCGACCAGACCCUGCCUCCUGGUCAGGAGCUGCCCACUCUCAGUGGCAAGGAGCUGCAGUUUCCACAGGAAGCGCCCGGGGCCCCCUCCCACAAGCCAAUGCAUGCUCCCGCUGCCCCACUCACCACAGCUCUGAAUCCACCCAUGGCAGUUACUGAGGGGCCAGAGCUGACUCCAGGCCCCACACAGGCCACUCUGCAGCUGCCCGGGGUCACUUCAUCUAACCUCCCUAUCCCUGCCACAGAGGCCCCAGUCAGCAUGGGAGCGACCACCAGCCACCUGGCUACCACCUUUACCCCAGAAUCCUCAUCCCUCUCCCUUUCGCAGCAGACACCCACACCUAGUAUAGGGUCAGGGGCUGUGAAGACGACGAGGGUGACUGUGACCUUUUCAGGGAGCCCCAAUAUCACAGAGUCAGCCCGGUCACCCCUGGCACCUCGCUUCCCACUCAUGACCAAAGCUGCGACAGUCCCAGGCCCCGGCUCUUUGCCUAUCAGGACCACCCCGCUCCAGCCCUUCCCAAGCUUGGAGUUGCCUACGAGUUCCUCCUCCAGGCCUGUGGCUUCCCCUGCAGUGACCUCUAGGCCUCCCACUUCCUUGGGAUCCCACAAGACUUUGCUGACACCUGCAGUCACAAAGGUCAUGAACAAGACAGGGAUGCCCCAGCCCACAAAGGCCCAGAGCGUUUCAAGGCCCAGCAGCCUCCCAGCUAAGGCUAGGACAACAGCACAGCAGGUUCCUGUCAGUGCUCUGGCUACCAAGAGAGUGGAGACGCUGCCACCCACGGAGAAGCAGCCUGGGCCCAGCCAGUCCGCAGGCACCCCAGCACCCUCACUUCCAAGACCCAUCCCUACUGCCCCACUCCACCCCACCCGGCAAACUACCAUAGCCACCGGGCCUCCAGCUCUGCCCCCGGGGACCCCAGCUGCCGCCAGCCCGUCCACACUCGCUCACAGGCCGGGGUUCACUCCCUUCAUGUCUGUGGAUUUGACUCAGCCACCCCAGCUCCUCUCUGGCCUGCCUCUUGAUACCAGCCUGCCCUUGGCCAAGGUGGGCACAUCUGCCCCAGUGGCCACGCCCAGGUCCAAGGGUUCUGUUGUCACCCUUCCACUCCGGCAGCAGGCCACAUCUCCCACUAUGGCCACAACCCCACCUACGCAGACCCUCAGCUCAGCACCACCUCUCACCCCUGCUGUCGUGGCCCAGGUAGGCCUACCCAGCCAUAUAGCCCCUCAGGCAGCAGGCACAGCACCUGGCCUGCUUCUGGGAGCCACGUUGCCAGUCUCUGGAGUCAUGGCCAUGGCUGAGGGGGGAGCCCCCACGCUCUCUGCUGCCCCACACAAGAGCACCACAGAGAAGAUGGCCAUUCUGUCCAAGCAAGUGUCUCUGCCCCCGUGGAUAUAUGGCCCUGCCCAGGGGGUGCCCACAGAACUCACACCUGCUGUGGCCCACACUUUGGCUGCCUUGGCGCCAGAGGCUGACGACCCCUGGGCCAUCACAGUGCCACUGGUGCCCACAUCCUAUCCUCUGAGUCGUGUCUCGGCCAGGACCGCCUCCCGAGAGAGCUCACUCGUUCUGCUCCCUCAACUGGCUCAGGCCCAUGGAACCCCGGCUGGACCGCAGCUUCCAGCAGAACUGGGGGCAGAGGCCACCACCAAGCAGUCUGGGCACUCAGCCCCCGCCCAGAGCAUCGCAGCGAGUUCGGCUGAGACCUUAACAACCACCACUGAGGAAAGCACAUCUCCCACCUGUGUCCCAAUCGCUGAGCAGGACUGCGUCCGCCACAUCUGCCUGGAGGGCCAGCUGAUCCGAGUGAACCAGUCCCAGCACUGUCCCCAGGGUGCCACACGCCCUCGCUGUGGGGUCCUGGGCCUCGCAGUGAGGGUGGGCGGGGACCGCUGCUGCCCCCUGUGGGAAUGUGCCUGCCGGUGCUCAAUCUUCCCUGAUCUAAGCUUCGUGACCUUUGAUGGGAGCCACGCAGCCCUGUUCAAGGAGGCCAUCUACAUCCUCACCCAGAGCCCCAAAGAAAUGGUCACCGUCCAUGUCCUUGACUGCAAAAGUGCCAACCUGGGGCACCUGAACUGGCCCCCUUUCUGCCUGGUGAUGCUGAAUGUGACUCACCUGACCCAUCAGGUCACCAUUGACCGUUUCAGCCGGAAGGUGACUGUGGACUCACAGCCCGUCUGGCCCCCUGUGAGCAGACACGGAUUCAGAAUUGAGGACACAGGCCACAUGUACGUGAUCCGGACCCCGUCACACAUCCAGAUCCAGUGGCUGCACAGCUCAGGACUCAUGGUCCUGGAGGCCAGCAAAGCCAGCGAGGCCCAGGGCCGCGGCCUAUGCGGCAUCUGUGAUGGGGAUGCAGCCAACGACCUCACUCUGGAGGACGGCUCUGUGGUGGGUGAGGCUGAGGACCCCGCUCCCUUUCUGGACAGCUGGCAGGUGCCCAGCUCCCUGACCUCGGUGGGCCAGACCCGCUUCCGCCCUGACAGCUGUGCCACAGCGGACUGCUCGCCCUGCCUUCGCAUGGUGUCCAACCGCACCUUCAGCGCCUGCCACCGCUUUGUGCCACCAGAGUCGUUCUGUGAGCUGUGGAUCCGGGACACCAAGUACGUGCAACAGCCCUGCGUGGCACUGACGGUGUACGUGGCCAUGUGCCACAAAUUCCACGUGUGCAUCGAGUGGCGACGUUCUGACUACUGCCCCUUCCUAUGCUCCAGCGACUCCAUUUACCAGGCAUGUGUGGCAGCUUGUGAGCCCCCCAAGACGUGCCAGGAUGGGCUGCUGGGCCCGCUCGACCCAGAGCAGUGCCAGGUGCUGGGUGAGGGCUGUGUCUGCUCCGAGGGCACCCUCUUGCACCGGCGCCACUCGGCGCUCUGCAUCCCCGAGGAGAAGUGUGCUUGCACCGACAGCACGGGCGUGCCUCGGGCCCUGGGGGAGACCUGGAACAGCUCCCUCAGUGGAUGCUGCCAGCACCAGUGCCAGGCUCCCAACACCAUUGUCCCAGUGGACUUGGGCUGCCCGGGGCCCCGCCCUGAGACCUGCCCACGUUUUGGGGAGGUGGCCUUGCUCCUGCCCACUGAGGAUCCCUGCUGCCUGGGGACGGUUUGUGUGUGUAACCAGACUCUGUGUGAGGGCCUCGCCCCUACCUGCCGCCCAGGCCACCGACUCCUCACCCACUUCCAGGAGGACUCCUGCUGCCCCAGCUACAGCUGUGAGUGUGACCCAGACCUGUGUGAGGCAGAGCUGGUUCCCAGCUGCCGCCAGGACCAGAUCCUGAUUGUGGGUCGCCUGGGGGACUCGUGCUGCCCCUCCUACUUCUGCGCCUGUGGCGACUGUCCAGAUCCAAUCCCCGAGUGUCAGGAAGGAGAGGCGCUCACCGUGGACAGGAACACCACAGAGCUCUGCUGUCCUCUGUACCAGUGUGUGUGCGAGAGCUUCCGCUGUCCCCAAGUGCAGUGUGGCAUGGGCACUGCCCUGGUGGAGGUGUGGAGCCCGGACCGCUGCUGCCCCUACAAGUCCUGCGAGUGUGACUGCGACACAAUUCCAGUGCCCCGGUGCCAUCUGUGGGAGAAGUCCCAGCUGGACGAAGAGUUCCUGCACAGCGUGGAGAAUGUGUGCGGCUGCGCCAAAUACGAGUGUGUGAAGGCCCCCGUGUGCCUGAGCCGUGAGCUAGGGGUGAUGCUGCCGGGCCAGACCGUGGUGGAGCUCUCGGCAGACGGUGUGUGCCACACCUCGCGCUGCACUGACGUGCUUGACCCUCUUACCAGCUUCUACCAAAUCAACACCACCUCUGUGCUGUGUGAUGUCCACUGUGAAGCGAACCAGGAGUACGAGCAUCCACGGGACCUGGCGGCCUGCUGCGGCUCCUGCAGGAACGUGUCCUGCCUCUUCACUUUCCCCAACGGCACCACCUCCCUGUUCUUGCCUGGGGCAUCCUGGAUCGCAGACUGUGCCCGCCAUCACUGCAGCAGCACUCCCCUGGGUGCAGUGCUCGUCCGCUCACCCAUCAGCUGCCCCCCACUCAACGAGACUGAGUGUGCCAAGGUUGGGGGCUCAGUGGUACCUUCCUUAGAAGGAUGCUGCAGGACAUGUAAAGAGGACGGGCGCUCCUGCAAGAAGGUCACGAUCCGUAUGACCAUCCGAAAGAACGAAUGCAGGAGCAACACCCCUGUGAACCUAGUGUCCUGCGACGGGAGGUGCCCCUCCGCCAGCAUCUACAACUACAACAUCAACACCUACGCCCGCUUCUGCAAGUGCUGCAGGGAGGUGGGCCUGCAGCGGCGCUCCGUGCAGCUCUUCUGUGCCACCAACGCCACCUGGGUGCCCUACACCCUGCAGGAGCCCACUGACUGUGCCUGCCAGUGGUCCUGAGGCCUGGGGGCCGGGGCUGGCUGGACCACCUCUGCCACCCCCACCUUCUGCUUCCAGUGGGCCCAGGGUGCCGUGGGCGGGGGUGGGCCUGGGUGCUACAGGUGUGGAGAGCAGGUAGGCGCUGAGAACGGAAUGACGGACAAAGGCUCGGAGAAUGACUAGAAAGGGCCACACCUGCCCAUCCUGGCUUCUUCUCUGGCCUCCCUCUCCUGCAUACACCGAAAAGCACUAUCUAUACCUGAGGGCUCAGGGAACUCAACUCUGUCCUUGGCCGAGGUCCAGAAUGGGCCUGAACCCUGACUCUGGCUGCAGCGGGGCCGAGGGGGAGAGAUUUCCUGGGAAGCCAGGCCCCAAGCUAGACUCAAGACCAUGUGCAGGGCUGGGAUGUGGUGGACCCUUUCUACCCUGGGAGAACCACAGACAUAGUAAAAGGACAAGGAGGCUUUAACUGCAAUACACAGGCCUGCAUGGGGCUGCACAGGGGAAUUUCCCAGAAGCGAAGAGGGUGGGUUCCCAGGUCCUCCCACCAAGGUCUGCAAGGUCAGGCCCAGAGACAGGGGAAUGGGCUCAGUGACCUUCGAGUCCCCUGUAGACCCAAGAGGGAUGCCCUGGCAUUCUGUCAUUACCCUGUGGUUCAGAAAAGGAUUUAGAAGAACAGACCCAUGCCUGCUCCCUAUGUGGCCCCCCACUCCCAGCCUCCCUGGCAGGUGGAGCUGGCUCUUGUGAGGUGGUGGCAGGAGCCCCCAAAGGCCAUUGGCUGUUUCAGGGUACCUUCAGCCUGGAAGGGCAUGCCUGGCUUUGCCAUAUGCCUCUUCUCCAAGGACAUAGCAGAGAUGGUCUCUGGAGGGACCUGAGGUGAGUUUUGUGGCUCAGCCAAUUCCUAGCUCUCUGCUUCGUGGGACUGUUUAGCAGGAGAGCAUCUGUCAGUGGGAAAUGCAGGUGCUCCACACAUACAACUGGUCUUCCAGCGUUUUGUCAGAGCCUUGUCUCUGAACCAGAGUGUCCUUCUUAAAGCCAGGGCUAAGGUCCCUUUCACACCCCACUCUACAAGUCACCUCCACAUGCCCCUUUGUUCCACUGGUGCAAAGGGCAUGGACACGAGGUUGUUCAUGCCCCAGCACUACCCUAAUAUGCCUGGGGCCAUGGGGAUGUCCUAGGGUUGGGGUUAGUAGCCUGUGCCAGGUUGGGCCCCAGAUGUUCCUGCAGCUUCUUUUUCUCGGAUCUAUAUUCUGGUUCUGUAUCUAAUAAACCACAGAAAGACACCAGG